AUGGCAACGCCGCCAGCUCGACAGUGGGGCGUCACCCCUCCCAUCUCGACUGUCCUCCCCACCCAAGAUGAGGUGGCUGCCAACGAUAAUCUCAUCGCCGAACUGAAAGCGCAAAACAACUUCGAACUCCCAGCGGAGACAGAGCGACGGAAGCAGAUAUUGUCGCUUCUUCAGCGUGUCGCGCUCGAGUUCGUCAAGGUGGUCAGUCGUAAGAAGGGACUCUCCCAAGCCGCUGUGGAGGCCGCCGGAGGUAAAGUCUUCGCUUACGGUAGUUACCGACUGGGUGUCUAUGGUCCAGUGCCGAUGAACUUGGACCUCAAGAACAAUGACUACCUGAGAGGUCUGGAUGAGUUCGAGGUACGCUCGCUGAAUGGAACUCGUGUCACGGAUCAGAUCUUGGAGCUUGUUCCCCAGCAAAAGACCUUCCGACUCGCGUUGCGUGCGAUCAAGCUCUGGGCCCAACGUCGCGCGAUCUAUUCGAACAUCGUUGGUUUUCCCGGUGGUGUUGCAUGGGCAAUGCUGGUGGCGCGAGUCUGCCAGCUGUACCCUCAAGCAACCGGAUCUGUCAUUGUCGGCAAGUUUUUCAGGAUCAUGAACAAAUGGGCAUGGCCGCAGCCAGUUCUGCUCAAGCAAAUUGAGGAUGGUCCACUUCAGAUGAAGAUCUGGAAUCCAAAGAUCUACCCUCAGGACCGAUACCACCUCAUGCCUAUAAUCACGCCCGCAUACCCUUCCAUGUGUGCCACUCACAACAUUUCGUUGUCCACCAAAGCUGUUAUCCUUCGUGAGCUUGCCCGGGGAGGAGAUAUCGUCGACAAGAUCUUCACCAAGAAGGGUUCUUGGAGUGAUCUCUUCGGCCGACACAGCUUUUUCACACAGGCAUACAAGUACUACUUGAAUAUCACGGCUACAAGCAAGACCAAAGAAGCCGAGGCUGUCUGGUCUGGCCUUGUCGAGUCAAAGCUGCGUCAUCUUGUGGGAGCUCUUGACCGGAAGGCGAUCGUUGCAGUUGCGCAUCCUUUCCCGAAAGGAUUCGAACGGAUUCACCUAGUGUCGAACCCAGAGGAGUUGGAAGCUGUCAAGAAUGGUUCCACCAAGUACCAGGCUCAAGGAACGACCACAGAGACCACCGAUGAGACCAAGGAUGCCGCUCAUCAAGCCGCGGCACAGAACGGAGGAGCCGAGGAUGCUCAUGCCCCCGAGCCCGCAGAGCGAAAGGCUGAAAAUGAAAGCCAGAAUGUCUACACGACUACCUACUACAUUGGCUUGGAACUUAACCAACUCGAGCCCGGCGCUCCACGAUCCUUGGAUAUCUCACACGAUGCUGGCACCUUCAAAAGCACUUGCAUGGCGUGGAGUGGUUACCAACCGGAUGUUCAUGACUUGUCCAUCACUCAUGUUCGAAGUUUUGAACUGCCCGAUGACGUCUUCCAGCCCGGUGAAGCUCGACCAACCCGUCCGACAAAGAAGAAGGUUGUCAAGAAGAACGCCGCACCCGACGCCGCAUCCGCCGGACAGAAGCGCAACAUCAACCAGUUGGAGAGCUCGACCGAAGCCGCGGCGAAGCGCCAGGCUACAACGAACGGAGUCUCUCGCGCCGCCGCCCCCGCUUGA